AUGACGAUCAUCUACCAAUACCGGGUGGCGACAACGUCUGGGGGCUUUGUCAAGCUCCUUGCAGCGUGGAAGGGAAGCGUCUACAAGCUGAUGUUCAAGGAGAUGAUGAUAUUUGGAUUUAUGUACACAUCGAUCAGCCUGUUGUAUCGCCUGCUACUUACUGAACCUCAGAGAAGAGUAUUCGAGAAGAUCGUUAUCCACUGUAACAGCUUCACCAGCCUCAUCCCCGUUUCCUUCGUGCUCGGCUUCUACGUGUCCUUAGUCGUGCGGAGAUGGUGGCAACAGUUCAUGAACGUCCCUUGGCCGGACAGGACACUGUUCAUUAUGACAACGUACCUGACGGGGCUGGACGAAAGGUCCCGGAUAAUGAGACGGACGGUGGCUCGGUACAUGCUGUUUGGGCUCAUCCUGAUCUGUCGUUCGGUCAGCGUGGCUGUCAUGAAGCGGUUCCCAACUCUUGACCACAUUGUAGAGGCAGGUUUCAUCACCAAGGACGAAGCUAUGACGUUUGAGGACACACAGUGUCAGUUCCACAAGUUCUGGGUGCCCCUUAUGUGGGCCAACAGCGUGCUGGUUCAAGCUCGACGGGAGGGGAAGAUAGAGAACGAUUUUGGUCUCCGAAUGAUCAUCGAGCAACUGGCAACGUUCCGAGAUAAAUGUUCUCUGUGUUUCGUGUACGACUGGAUCACAAUCCCCCUCGUUUACACACAGGUUGUGACGCUGGCCGUGCACAUGUUUUUUGCGGCGUGCAUUCUGGGGCGUCAGUUUCUGGACCCUCUCCAACAGUACGACGGCUACGAAUACGACUUCUACAUUCGACUUUACUACAUUCCUGUGUUUACUUGAAGGAUCACGCAGUUCUUCUUCUAGCAUGGUAGAUGGCUGAAGGUCGCUGAGCAGCUAAUCAACCCGUUCGGCGAGGAUGAUGACGACUUCGACAUUAAUUGGCUUCUAGAUCGGCACACGGCGGUUGCGUUUACGCUAGUCGACCAGUGCUGUGGGAAGCACCCUCCGUUCGUGAAAGACCACUUCUGGAAUGACGUGGUAGUUCCCGACCUUCCAUAUACCGAGGCGUCGAAACACUCCAAGAAACCCAACUUCAUGGGGUCAACUUUCAACAUAGCUCGUAUUGGUCUCGAGGAGCAGCGGAUGUUCGUCCCUGAGACCAGCAGUAUCAGGCGGCGAAGCAAAAGCUCACUCAGCAGUGCCUUCACAGGCUCCCUUCUCAGCCUCUUUAGACAAAAAUCCCACUACGAUUCCAGGGACACUCUGCAUUCCGCUUAUUAUCAGGAACGAGGCUACAGUGUUCCCAACGGUAGAAUGGGCUACCUGCAGGUGCCCUCCAUCAUCGUGACAUCGGAACAUCCGUCUCGCCGCGCCUCGAUUGAUAUUGCCGACAUCUCGGAUAGUGUCGAGCGUCUCCGAAUGGAAGGAAGGACCCGAGCGAAUACGGACUCUGACGAGCGAGAACUGCCGAAGACUGAAGUGAAACGCAAAUUCAGCACACCAUUUAAUUUUAAUUUCUUUUCAAAGAAAGAAACCAAGAGACCAGCGGAGCCUCCUCCCGCGUCGCCAAAGCAACCAAGGUUCACUGUGGAGCUGGUUCCCCCGGAGGAACAACAAGAACAGCCCCGGAAACGGAGGACGGGGCAGAUUCUACAGACACUAGAGAAACAGUACGUGUCCAGGCCGCCAUUGCUGUCGGCCAUCGAGGAGGGCAACACCAUCACCAGCAUCCGCCAGCUGAUGACCUUGAACUCCGGUGACUCCAGCAUUGAGGAAGAGGAAGAGGACGAAGUGUUUAAUGAAGGCCCAGAACGAGGCUCAGAGAGCGAGGCGAAGGGCCUUGACCAGAAGGCGACAAAGGUCACGUCCGACGACGGGCAGAAUACCCACAGUUCAAAGCUUACAACAGCAAACGACACAGAGUUGAGUGACCUUGACCCAAGAGAAUCUUACUCUGACCAGACGCCUAUCAUACCCACAGUUAGCAUUGAUGAACUUUGAUACCCAAGCCCAAUAGCUGUGCUCACAUUGAGGCCAGAUUUCACAUGAGGCUGGAGUUGAAUUCCAGUUGUUUCCAUUAUUCACAUAUCUCCGACAAUCGGCCAUCCGGAUUUAUCUCAUAGGUGGUUUGUUUUGCCAAUAGCUUUUCACGUGAACAGUGCAUACCGCAGUGUCUUAUCAUCAAACUGGCCUUCAGAUCAUGAAUGGAAAAUGUUUUUUUCAACGAAAACUUUCUUGCUUCAUUCCUUCGAAAAUGUCAUCGUGACAAUGACGUCACAAUCAAAUGACAUCAUCUCUCGUUGCUCGCUUGGAUGAUAAACAGUAUCUCACCCACGUGUCAUUUGAUAUCGGGCAUAUCAACAUGAAGCAAUAAAAGGUUUAUGAGCUUGCCAAAGUUAUACCCGGCAGACUAGUAUACAAGUUUCACAAGUUUAAUCGGCGAGUGUUGAUGUGCCUGAUAUAUCGCGUGAGAGUCUAUACAAUGUUUCUGUUUUAUCACUGGUGCACAAAAGGUUGUGAAUAGUGCAUUUAUUACCAUGUCCUAUCAUUUUACUACACUCCAUAUUUUGUUAAUGGUUUUGUGCCGUUCCUUUCAUAAAAAACGAAUCGUUCAUAAUAACAAGAAGAUCAGGACACAUCAUAAACUCGUUCUACUGCUGGUACACGCAACAAGCACAGCGAUUUUAGCCAGGCGGGGUCCCAAUGUGAAGUGCAAACGUGUAAAAUACCAGUUACCAGGUCACGUGCGUAGUGACCUUAAUUACCAAUGUAAAUCAACGUUGAGAUAUGUCUGCAUCAAGUACUUUGGGGCGAUGAAAAUGUUACUGAUCUGCAAUGUUACUUUACAAACAAUAAGGCAUCUAAUUCCGACGAAUAAUGAAUACGGUUAGGUGUCGUCCAAUCGGCCACCGCCUUCCUGCUCGUAUCAGUGGACGGGAGCCCAGUCAUAACACUAGCCAAUAUAUGCUGUAGCAUUAUUGCUUAACCAGAAUAUACAUCGAUAUCAUGUUCUUUAUUCGUUUCAAUGUACACAAUGUAUUUCUUUUAUCACCCAAAAUGCCCAGCCCAAGGCUGCCAGAGUUGAGGAUGGGGAUGGGUACAGGGUAGGAUGAGUAUAGGCUGCUGCGGCUAGGAACGGGAUGAGCAUAGGCUGCUGCGGCUGAAAAUAGGAUGACGCCGAGAAUGAAUUUGGGAAUGAGUGCUUUAUAUAAUAUAUUGCACUAGGAACUAUACGAAAGAGUGUAUGAUUCAGUUACAUAUUUUGUUCAUCAGGGAAGCCAUUUAUUCAGGGAAAAUUCCAGGAACGUGUUCGGGUUGUGAAUAAGUCAUUUUAUGUACCGUUAAUAUAUAUGUAUAUAAAAUCCCCGGUGCCUUACAAAAUCACCUGACCUUUACUAAAAUGUGCAUAUUUACAAGUUGCAGGACUGAGAUGAGGAGGGUUUUCCUGCAUUCUAAAAUAUACACAUUUCGUCCACAUAAAAUACGUAUGCAUGAAUGAUUGGACCGCCCGUGGUUUUCAGAGACAAACCAAAGACGUACAUAGACGUAUUUCCGUCUUGGGACAAACUAUCACACGUGCCUCUUUAACAGUAGUCCGAUGAACUUGGUUCAGUCUACGUAACGCGUAGGAAAGAAUCAACUCGUUUUACCACAGCUUAUGCUUUGAACUUUUACAUGGAUAUUUUCUGAAUAUAACAGUGUCACUUUUCCCCUAAAAUAACAACUUAUUAUUCGGUGUGGUGAAACAAAUGUGAUUCUAGCUGUGGUUUGUUUGACCCAAAUGGAUCAGUCCUAUACAAACAAACACUAUUACACAGGGAAUGUAAACCCACAGACGUGUACGCCUUCUGACUGGUUUCGCCCCCAAGAUGCACCCAACAGGCGGAUGAGUCGGAUGCAGCUUACGGAAAGUGGCGAAUACUCACGAAUCACAUCACAAUAACUCUUGUGAACGUACUGCCGUCUCCGAUGACAGGUGUAUUGCAAUGAACUGAUGUAUCUAUCGAGGCCAUCUUCAUUCACACAUAAGUGUACCUCAUCUUGUGAAAUAUAUAUUAUUGUCCUUUAAUAAGCAUCAUAAUUACUACCACCACUGGGCACCCAGCUGCAAUCACAUACAUCAACUGGAGUCUCUGACAACAAAAGUAGCGUGCCGCAAGACCUAAGGUGAUCGUAACUCCCAUACCUUAACAGAGACUUACGACAGUCGAAGCGCAAAUGUUGCUUUGUACAACGGCACAAUGGUAAAUUAUCAAAACAUAUAAAACGAACUUUUUUAUGAUAAUGAUUCAAUAUGCUUGAAUAAUUUAUGACGAAACUCCUGACGUAUUUUUAAGCUUAAACAUAUCCAUCCAGGACUUAGCUUUCAAACUGAAAAGGCGGAUGGUGUCUGUAACGGGUUUCUCAAAUCUAUAGAUUAACUGUACAACACAGGGCAAAGACCAACUGCAAUGAUGAAACAAAAAGCGAAUAACAUUUGUUAAUUGCCAAUAGUCACUGCUGAAUCUUGAUCCGAGGAUCUUUUCUUUUGUCAAAUGAAAUGUAUAAUCAAGAGUGUACAUAUUGUGAAUUAAAUUUUAUACGAAC